GGUUCUCCCGGGGAGGGUUGGCCUGGGGCAGCCGCGGAGGGGGCGGUGGGUCCUGCGGGACUGACGCGGCGGGAGAGGUGAGGCUGUUCUGAGGGGUUUCGGGCGAGGCUGUCUUGCUAAUGGAGUAAUUUAGCGAUUUAAAAAAAAAAAAAAAAAAAAAGCCUAUAAAGCACUCGUGCCCGCGGUGCCGGAGCAGCCUGUUGGCAGCUGAGGAGUCCGGACCGCGGGCUGCUGGGCUGCUCGGACGGCUGCUCCGUGCUCGGGCGUUUUUGCUGCGGUCAGCUCGCAGGGCCCGUUCGGCUGAGGACGGGGGAGAUCUCCCCGGCGUCUCCCCUGCCCAGGCCCUGCUUGUAGCCAGGGGGAAGCGCCCCUUGUCAGCCGCUGUCCUCGGAAUCUCGGGAGCCGGAGCGAAGAGCUGCAAGGGGGGGCCGUGCGCCGGGACAUCCCCGUUCUGCUGAAGGGAGCUCCCGUCUGGCGGGGAUGUUUCGCUUGUUCUUAAACACUGGAUAUGCUGGCUCAAUGAACUGUUACUCCAGGAAGCAGAGCUGAAAGGACAAGCUGAGAAGACAUUGUUACGGUGGCAAGCAGGAAUGCAAUGCUUUCCCAAAAGUCUCUCAUCUAGGGAAGCAUGCACAUGCUCUACUGCAAGAAGGCAACAUCUGGGGCUCUUUAAACCACUGAGAGUAACCUCAUCCAACUUUCUCGGUGCCUGCUGAAAAAGUCUUCUAUCUUUAAAGCAGACUACAAGACUAUCCUCCUCAGAAGGGUUCAAGAUCUUCCUGGACACUUUACACACGCAACAAGAUGAUUGACCUAAGCUUCCUUACAGAGGAGGAACAAGAGGCGAUAAUGAAGGUGCUGCAACGGGAUGCGGAGCUUAAAAGAGCUGAAGAAGAGAGAGUCAGGCAUUUACCAGAAAAAGUCAAAGAUGAUGUUCAGCUAAAGAAUAUGAGUGGGCAGUGGUUUUAUGAAGCGAAGUCAAAGAGGCACAGAGAUAAGAUACAUGGAGCAGAUAUUAUUCGAGCUUCCAUGCGACGGAAGCCUGCCACUCUUGCUGAAGUGAGUCAGAAUAAAUCAAACAAAGCAAAGAACAGCUGGGUGAGCAAUGUUAAUAAAGAAGUCUUUGUACCACCAGAACUACAUGGCUUUGUGGAACAUCAGGAAGAAGAACAACUACUGAAAUCUGGUUCAAGUUCUAAAACGAUAACCUCUGUGUUAGACAAACCAGAGGAAAGACCUAGGAAGGCAGCAGUCUCACCAGUAAAGCAAAGGAGAAAUCCGUUUAAUUCCACUGCAUCAGGUGAUAACUUGAACAGUGGGGAAUCAGAAAUCAGACCAGCCGCUCUACCUCAGCUACCAAAGAAGGAAGCUUUGUCACUCUCAGAAGAGAGCCAACCUGAACCAAACUUAAAAAAUUAUGAAACAGAGGAACAUAAGAAGCCUUCUGUAGAACCUACUGAUGAAUCACAGAAAGGACUAGUUAAGCGUCCUGUCCCAAAAGCUAGAAAAUUAAUUCAUAAGGCAACAGAUCCCGUGUCCCAAAGAGAAGACUCUGUUCCAAAACCAGCCAAACAGACUGCGAAGAACAAUGGCGUCGGUACACCACCCAGGGGCAUUCUGAAGCGCAGUUCAAGUUCAAGUUCCACUGACUCAGAAGUUCGUGUUAGUCAGAUGUUAGAUGUUCAGAAAAAGAAUGCUCUUCCUACUGCAACUAUUUUUGAAGGAGAAGCAGAGAAGAACUCUCUUACGGAAGAAGUGGAAGACUCCACACACAUUUCACUGGAAAAACUGAAACAAGUGAGGUUCUCAUCUAGCACAGAUAAAGGAGAACCUCUGCAAAGCCCACAGCUACACCGUGGUAGAGAAAAAGGAGAGUUUGAUUUGUUAGAAUCUGAUGAAAAGAAGAGUGGUGGAAAUAAUGCUAUUAAAUCAGAUUCAUUUGGGAAUAAGCAAACUUCUGCUGUAAAGCCUCUGGGAACCUAUUCAUCAGCUUUACAAGUAAAACCAACAGAUGCCUUACGAGAUGAUACAUCAGCAUCUGGUCCUUGUGACACUAAUAGGUCAGUCGUCCUCGUUAAUGAAGCCUUGCAGACAAAGACCGUUACUCCUAAGAAACUUGAAACUUCACAGAAGACCUCCAGCAACAGCCUGCCAAACAGCAAUAAUGAGCUGAGUGUUGAUGAGACACAGGAAAAUAAAGCCCACCAGUUCUUGAGCCCACCAGUUCAUGAAUCAAAGUCACACAAAAACUUUGCUGAUGAACAUCAGCUUUCUGCUAAGACAGAAGCACAUGAGGUGUCAAAUACCAAUUCUACAAGUCUUCAGCAAGGUAAGCCUGAUCUUGUUGAGGAGCGAGGUGCUAAAACCACUUUCAAGCCUGACAAACAUGCUGAUGAACUCAUGAAAGUUGCCGAUGAAUCUGUAUCAAAAGUUUUAGAUUGGUUCAAAAGAAGUUCUGGUACUGAAGAUAGGAAACAUGUAUCAGCUAGAUCCCAAGGCAAGGAACCCGAAAAGGAAGUGGACUUCUCAACCAGAACAGCAGUUCUUCCUACAGAACACAGUGAGCCUAGCAUAGACGGAAAGACAGAAGUUACAGAAGAGUUACCCUUUAGAAAGAUUGAACAACAGAACAGUAUUUCACCUGCAUCAUUUAUUUCAGAAGAUAUACAGCUGGUAAACGAGAGGUUGAAACCUAGGAAAGGGGAAGAGAACGCGGCUCCAAAUGACAAACUGCUAACUGAAUUAGACUCUACAAGUCCUGAAGAAAAAGAAUAUCACCAAGACAUCAAGCAACAAAAUAAAAAAUCAAAUCUCACGGAACAUCAAGAACACAAGCUACCAUCUCAGAAAUGUGAAUCGGAGAAGGCAAUACAAUUAAAAAGUAGACUAAGGAAGAUCAGAGCUUUCUGGGAAGGGGAUAAAACUAUGCCCAGUCACAGAGAGAAAGAAGUUAGUAUCAACACUAAUGCAUCAGGUGGCGGUGCCUUGAAAGGUCUUAGAGAAAGUGACAAAAUAAAACCAACUGCAGUAUACCGACCUAAUGGAUUGCAUGAUGAAAGCAAGAAUACAUUAAGAAGUGCUGAACUAAGUUGUGCAAACCAGGCUUCAAGAAAUGAACAUCAAAACUCUUUUGAGUUUGGACCAGGCCACGCAGUUGAAAAGCCAGAAAGAACACUUUCAUCUGAUGGCGAAGUUCAUGAAUAUACAGAAUCGCCAAAAGCCAAUAACUGGCAGCCAAGUGUUGGUGCCACUUUAGCUUCCCCAGAAAGCAGAGGCAAAAAUGAGAAAGAAACACGUGAAGGAAAAGUUGCUGCUUGUUCCCAACAGAAGCCCAGCUUCCAGGUUUUGUCUUUGAAAGAAAAAAUGAAUGAAAAGUCCAAGAAUCAAAUUUCAGAUCCUUCACAGUUCCAGAUUUUGAGAAACUUCUGGGAUACCAGAGUUAAAUUACAGAGCAACGUUGAUAGGGGAGAUGUUUCUUUGCCAAAUAACACUAGUUCAAUAACCUAUGAAAGAAAAUCAGAGGAAGAUAAAGGCAGAAAUGAUGUGAGCAAGCAAGGAUUAAUUCAGCAACAACCCCAAACAUCUGAGAGAGAAAAAACACAGACACUAGAUUCUGUGGCAUGUGAACUGCCUCUAGGAACUCCUACCCUGAAAGGUCUGAACGUGACACAUACAGAAAAUACAGAUGCUGUCCAGCUGGACAGAAAACCAGUUAUCUCAAAACCUCAGGAAAAGAUGGGUCUUCCAGAGCAAGAAGUUAAGGAAUGUGUAGAAAAAAGUGUUGUGUCAUCAAAAGACCAUCACAUUUCCUUGCAGUUGCUCCAAUCAGCUGGUGAUAAAGAUGCUUUAAAGGAGACAGCAGUAGAUGACUGCCUAUGUUUACCUAUAGAAAAAGUGGAGAACAAGACUACUCCAUUAGAUAUCCAUCUUCCUAAAGAGGAAGUCAAUGAGACUAUUGAAAAGUCUGUUGCCCCCUCCAGGGCCAAAGAGGAAUUAAACCCUGUUUUGAUGGCUUUGAAAAGGAGUGCAGAUAGGAAAAUGCCUUCCAAAAGUCUAGAGGACAUUCCAUCAGCCACCUCAAAUAAAGGAAAAAUAAAUAAUCCAAAGGAAGAAUUAGCUCUUAGUGCUGAAGAUGGUCCAAAACCUGAUCAGCAUCAAGAGAAGAAUGAAAAUGCAGCAGGAAUUUCCACAGUGCCUUCGCAGCCUGAGAAGCUGUCUUCCAAUCCUGAAAAACUCAAAGGAUUAAGCAAGUCAGUACCAUCAUUCCUACAGGAAGAGAGUGAUGACAGAGAGACAGAUACAGCAUCAGACAGCAGUUGUUCCCUUGGCAGAAUCAAGAAGAGUCCCAGCUCUCUAACCAAUCUUAGCGGCUCUUCUGGCAUGGCCUCCUUAUCCUCUGUGAGCGGAAGCCUAAUGAGCAUCUGUAGCGCAGACUUUGGCAACGUUGAUGUGAAGGGGAACAUUCAGUUCGGUAUUGAUUAUGUAGAACAGCUAAAUGAGCUCCACAUUUUUAUUUGCCAGUGUAAAGACUUGGCAGUGGCAGAUGUUAAGCGACAGCGUUCAGACCCGUAUGUAAAGACCUACCUGCUUCCAGAGAAAUACAAGCUGGGCAAACGGAAGACCUCUGUCAAAAAGAAAACUUUUAAUCCAGUCUAUAAUGAAAUACUGCGGUAUAAAAUUGAGAAGGGUCUUCUAAAGAACCAAAGCCUUAAUAUCUCUGUGUGGCACAACGAUACCUUUGGGAGGAAUAGCUUCCUUGGUGAAGUGGAGCUGGAUUUAGGAACUUGGGACUGGAACGAUAAAGCCAACAAGCAGAACAACUGGUUUCCACUCAAGCCAAGGACUUCAACAAUGGCUUUUAAACUGGAAAACCGAGGGGAGAUGAAACUAGCCCUCCAGUAUGUCCCACACCCUGUUGGAGGAAAGAAGACUCUGUCUACUGGUGAGGUCCACAUCUGGGUGAAGGAAUGCCAUGACCUUCCCCUUCUGAGAGGCAACAGGCUCAACUCUUUUAUUAAGUGUACCGUUCUUCCAGAUACUAGCAGGAAAAGUCGUCAGAAAACAAGAACGGUGGCAAAAACUACAAACCCUGUAUUCAACCACACCAUGGUGUACGAUGGCUUCAGACCAGAAGACCUGAAAGAAGCCUGCAUAGAACUCACCGUCUGGGAUCACAACAAACUAGCUAAUCACUUUCUGGGAGGUCUCAGGAUAGGCCUUGGAACAGGCAAGAGCUAUGGAACUACAGUAGACUGGAUGGAUUCUACGUCAGAUGAAACUGCCCUAUGGGAGAAGAUGAUGAACUCGCCCAACACAUGGGUAGAAGACACACUACCUCUCAGGAUGCUAAUGGUUGCAAAAUUGACAAAAUAAGGUGACUUUUUAAUUGCUAGUGCCAAGAAGCAACCUUGGGAAUGACAUUAAAGGUGUGGGGGUGAAACUUGGAAGAGGAACGCAGUAGCUCUUACGACAGUCUCUGCUCCGAUUGCUGUUCCAGUUUUGUGCUGCCUAAUGUCACUUUGUAUUUCAAAUUAAACUCCUGCCUGCAGAUUAUUAUGGACAUUUAAUGGAUCCUUUUACUUCUUAUUCACUGAAAAAGGCUUCAAGAACGAAUGUGCUUAGAGAAUUCGGUGGUAGAGGUAGCUGUGAUACCUGGACACCUGUGUUGCCUAACUGGAGCAUUGCUGAUCCCUUAAAUAAUCUCAAUCGCCAGCAAAAAAGUAAGAGCAAGUCGACUCUUUUUGUACACUUCUAGGCUUGUUCAUGAAGCAUUACUACUAAGAUAGCAACAGGUCACAUUUUGUUCCUGCUCAUCAGUAUGUGUUUGUGUCCUCGUUACAUCACGUCAGAGCUCUCCAGCCAGGAAUGUGAGCAUGAAGAAUAUUUGUUUUUUGAAAGUUGCUGUAUUUGUAGUUGUACAUUUCUAGGGUAUGAAAGUCGCUUCUCUAAUGAAAGAAGCAUUACAUGAAGUGGUACUGCGAUGUCCUGUUCUGCAAAGUGCAGAGGGCUGUUAAUUCCAAUGUACUAUCAAAAAUCAGGGUUAUAAAAUAUUUGCUUAUAUAUGUGUCAAUUGUCUUGCUGGUAUACAAACCUUACUCUUAAAUGCUGAAGGCAUAGAGGUCAAAAUUCUUUUAAUCCUGUGCUAUUCUAAAAGAUCUAAACCUGCCAAUUUUAGUGAUGACAAAUACGUUGGGUAUUUAUUCUGUAAAGUGUGCUCGUCUCUACCUGAGUACAGUAUGUAGUAGCUUGGUUUUUUUACAAAAAGUAAUUUAUCUGGGCUUCAGCGCCACCGUUAGGAGAACGCUGGGAUUAUGGUGGUCUUGGUUUAGGUGGCUUUGCAGCAUAUAGGAAAUAGGACUGGAAUUUGUAACUUGUAGAAAAGCAUGCUACUAAAGAAAGAUAAAUGCAUAAAAUACAAAAUGUACUACUUUUUUUUUUUUUAAUAAAAGUAGCCUAUUAAAACUAA